AUGGAUUAUGGUUAUGAUCAAUUGGUUUCAGUUCCAGCAAACAUUCGAACAAAAGGAUUGAUACUUAGCAGUAACCUCACUGCAAAUUUAAGACAUGUUGGGCAGCAAAUCAUGAUUGAAGUACCAGGGAUUCGCAGUGUUUUUGCAAAUAUGCAUAUUAAUAAGAAAAAGAGGUGUCAAUUAUACGGAUCUGCACUUGAGGAGUUCUUUGCAGCCAUCGGUGUUUUUCCUCAAUCUAAGAUUCCUGUUGUUUAUCACAAGUCUUCUAACGUUCUGCAUUUAUUUAAUUUUAAUCACGAUGGAUGCCAAUGUUUUUCCCCUGAUCUUAAUGCAAACAUUGGACAUCGGUACCUUUUGGAGUUAAAUCCUAACAAUUCUCUCCGAUGUGUUAUUAACCCACAGUACUUUAGGGCUAUAGGUUGGCCUUUGAAUCAAACUGUUUCACUGAUCCUUGAUGAUAAACACAAACAGUGGAAUUUUAAUAUAUAUACACAACAGGGUGAACCUGUAGGGCAAUUAUACUUUAGGUUAAGGGUUUUCAACCUUGAAGGUUACUGCUGUGAUCAGGAUAUAUUUGCUUCGGAUUCAUCUGAAGGUGAAGUUGACACAAUUGACUACAUACGGUCUAAUAGUGAUCAGAAUACUUUCAAUGUAGUCAUGAACACUGAUGUCAUUCAACGUGGUAGAUUGGAAAUACCAUGGCACAUUGUCAGAAGACUUGAUAUUCAAGACUACAAUAGUUUGAUCAUAUACUACGAUGAAGAACCUGUUAUCAAAAUGGGCCGUGUCUAUUUAACUGAUUAUCCUAAUCACUUCAUUGUCGAAGGAGAUAUUGAGUACAUGAUGGGUUUAAAAAGGAUCCAUACUGGUGUCAAGCUCGGAUUUCAUAUAGAUGCAAGAAAGGCAGUUAAUAAGGAACAUUUGAUCUUGGAAGUACUGUAA